AUGACUGCAGAUGAAAGGCGUGCAGCCGAUAGCAGAUUUGCUGAUUUUAUGGACGAAAAUAUGGAUGAGGAAAUUGAUAUUGCUUCAAUUGAUAAUUAUGAAGUUGAGGAUGAUGACGAUCGCUCAUACCAACAUGCUGAAGACUCAGAUGCCGAAACUGAAGGAUACGUCGAGCUAAAUGAAGAUACUGAUGACGACGAUGAUGAAGACGAAGAAAAUGAUGGACAGGAAACGAAUGAAAGUUACUAUAUUGUUAUCAUUCCUGAGUUUGAGAAAAUUUUCAAAAACUUCGGCAAAACUACUAUGCAAUAUUUUGGACCUUUCUCUUAUUUUGUAACCAGUGAUCCGGUAUUGAUUAAGGAUAUUCUAACCUCUAAAGUUUGUUUAGCUAAAUCGGAUAUUCCAUAUAAUGUUUUAGCUCACGCCAUAGGCAAAGGAUUAAUAACAUUACGUGAACCACGCUGGUCUCACGAAAGAAAAAUUUUAAAUCCCGCUUUCAAAAAUUCAAAUCUAAUAGCCUUUAUGGGCAUUUUCAAUAAACGAGUUAAUAGCAUUUUCAAGGAUAUAGACCAUAAUAUCGAAAGUGGAAAGCCAGUGGAGUUACUGCUGAAUUUUCGCGAAUUAUCCCUGCAAAUAUCAAUUGAGACCAUAAUUGGAAGGAAUUUGGAUUACACUGAUCACAAUGUGAAGGAAUACACAACACGUGUAGCAGGAGCCCUCAAAUACGCUUCAGAUUUAUCCUUCAGCGGCAUAUUUAUAAAUGACUUUGUGCGUAAACUUUGUCAAAUGACCGUCUUCAGGAGACAUUUGAAAAUAAUUCACAUUCUUAAUACUAUUAUUUUGGAGUCUUUUCAAGGUAUUAAUUCAAAACCUGGUCUGGAUCCCAGCUUCGUCCAAAAUGUGGGCUCAGUCUUAGAACAUAUGUUGAGAUCUAUGAAAAUUGAAGGCCUCAAAGAGGAGGAUGUAGUCGGCGGCAUGUUUCACAUGUUUGUGGCGUCAUUCGAAACCAGUUCAACUACCAUGUACCUCGCCCUUAUUCUUUUGGCCAUGCAUCCUGAGUAUCAGGAAAUAGCCUACGCAGAGAUCUGUGAUGUUUUUCCCGCUCCCAAUGAUGAGGGGGAAUUCGAAGUAAACUAUGAACAUAUACCUCAAUUGGUCGGAAGAAAAGUUGUUGGCGAAAAUUUUACACUUAGCAAUGGAGUAGUGCUGCCCAAGGAUCAAAACAUAUUUGUGGACAUUCAUAGUCUACACCGUAACAAAGAAAUCUGGGGUCCUGAUGCUCAUGACUUUAAUCCAGACCAUUUCCUAAGACACAAUGUGGAAAGCCUACAUCCCUAUGCUUUUAUACCAUUUACCAAAGGAUUAAGAUUUUGCAUUGGUAUGCGAUAUGCUGAGCUUAGCAUCAAAGUGGCAUUGGCCAAAUUAAUAAAAAGAUAUAAAUUUAGCACCUGCAACACCAUGGCAGAUUUGAAAUUUGAAAAUCACAUAACAACACAGCUGGCUAGUCAUCCAUCUAUAACUGUGGAAAGGCGAUUGGAAUUAAAAUUGUAA